UUGCAGCCUGCGAGCAAAGUCGUUUUCCUGUCUUCCUUAUCCCGAAAAAUUAUCAAACUUACUUUUAAAAAAAACGACGAUACAAUUAUUUUUUUUUACGAAUUUUGUUGCAUUUGUUAGUUUUGAUGCAAGUAAUCAGUUUUCCUCAAUGUAGUGUGCCGCAGUUGGCUAUUGUCACCUGCUGCCUUGGCGCGAAUUCUUGCGCGCCGCUACAAAACUGACAGAGAUCAGCUGACGUGUGUAGUAAUCAUGGAGGUUGUGUUAGAGUUCGAAGGGCGAUCGAAAAUUGUCAAACUCAAGAAAUCAGCGAAGGAGGCGGAUUUGAGACUGGCCUUCGAGUCUCUCUGUAAGGCAGACCCUGUCCUGCGAAGGCGGACAGUGACACAUUAUGCGACAUUUCAGUCUCAGCAUGCCCGUCUCAACCGGCUCGUGGAGCUUGAUUCAACAGACGCUCUGAAGAACUUCCAGAUCGUGAAGGUGCAUUUUGCACCUUAUGCCGCGUGGACUUGUCUGAUGAUGUCACAAACUCAAGGGGGAUUAGAGUCUAGUGCCUCGGGAUCUGCUCCAACACAUCCAAGUCAAGGAAUCCCCAAACCAGGAGAAAUUGAAUUCAUGCAUCUAUGGACAUUCACAGCAAGGAGACAAACCCAGUCAGGAGGAUAUUUGGCUCCUAAAUCAGAACAGACGGUAUUAGGAAUAGAAAACAAGUCAUUUUCAGUUGAAUGCAAGAACUGUGAUGCUUUGUCAACAUCAUAUACCUCAUUCUUAGACUUAUCUGUACAAGUCUAUGCUACUUUGGAGAAUGGCUUAGCUUCAUUUUUUGGGCCAGAGCACAUGACCGACUACAAAUGCAGCAUGUGUGACAAAGUGGGUCAAUGCAAGAGGAGAUACUAUCUUGAAAAGCCACCAAAAGUGUUGUGUGUGCAGCUGAAGAGAUUUAACAAUGCAGGAGGCAAAAUCAACAGAAUAGUUAAGUGUAAGCCAAUGCUCGAUCUGAAACAGUUUAUUCAUGAAGACUCUCCUCAUGCUGGUUCACCUCUUCUGUACAAAAUGGUGUCUUCACUGACCCAUUUAGGGCCAACGAUUGACAGUGGAAACUACUACACUAUUGCACAAUGCUGAACAGGAACCUUUUUUAAAUACAAUGAUUUGGAGGUGGAACCAUCUUCACUGCACAAGUGCCUGACAAAUGGCCACUAUUUAGUAAUGUAUGAAAUGGUGAACAAUAAGCAAGUAUAAUCGUUUACUGUUCUGUGAAUUAACACUUUUUAUUUUGUGGUAUCUUAGUUGGUCAGGCUCCUUUC